UAAACAUUUGGCAGGAUAUGAAACAAUUGAUAUAAAUAAAUAUAUCGAAAAUUUCUGGAAAAUUACUGAUAAAAGAAAUUUUUAUAGAAAUAAUUUCAGUCAAAUAGAACUGUUAGGUUCGGGACGUUUCGGAAGAGUUUAUAAAUGUUUGGACAAAAAUACUGAAAAAGUUUAUACAAUUAAAGAUUUUAUUAUAACAGAUUUUAAAGAAAAUAAUCUAAUUUUUCAAGAAGUCAAACAAUUACUGAUAUUUAGAUCAAAAUUUGUGGUCAAAUGUUAUAACGCUUGGAUUGAAUCAAAUAUAAUUUACAUUCAAAUGGAGUUAUUAUCACAAAGUCUUAAAGAUUUGAUUGAAAUGAAAGCAAAGACAUUUCAACGACAUAUUAAUGAACCAAUGGAUUUGAUUGAGUAUUACAUUACAAGUCAUUUAAUGUUAGAGUUGUGUGAAUGCGUUGAAUAUCUGCAUACAAGACAACCGCCGGUUAUUCAUCGCGAUCUCAAACCCGCAAAUAUACUCAUCAAUGAUAAGCCAUUAGAUAAUCGUUUUAUAAAACUAUGUGAUUUUGGUUUAGCUACUGAUCACUACCGUAUGGGCUCUAAAUCAGAAUUUUAUACCAAAAAUGUCGGAACAGAUAAAUAUAUUGCACCAGAAGUUAGAGGGGAUAAAGGUUCGGAUAGAGUGGCAUAUAAUGAGAAAAGUGAUAUCUAUAGUAUGGGUUAUAUACUAAUGGACUUAUUUGAUGUUAACAACAGUGAUAAUGAUAUGGGUUUAUUUAAGAAUAUGUAUCGCUACAGUAAUUUAAUGUUAUACAUUGAUAAUAUUUCAACAUUGAUAUCAUCAAUGAUACAAUCAUCAUAUUAUGAUAGACCAACAUGUACUACGAUUAUCCAGAAUAAACAACAUUAUAUUAACAAUGAU